AUGGAGAAUGUAGUGUCCGAGUAUGUUAAGGCGACGCACAGUGCAUCCUCGACAUCAUUUCAUUUUUGGCCAAUAAUUUUGAAGGGGGGGCCAAGGAAGAUGUGACUGUGGUAGAUGUGAUUGUGGUAGAUCUAAUUCCGAGGCUGAUAAGUUGAAGGAACGACUAGCGAAAUUGCAAGGCGGCGUUGGUGUCAUACGUGUUGGGGGAGCAUCCGAGGUCGAGGUGCAAGAGGUGCGGGAUCGAAUAACAGAUGCUCUGUUUAUGAAUUCGAUGAAGAUGCAGAUAGUAGUAGUUUGUUGACUUGAAGUGUGAAUACACAUCGAAGUGGAUCUUGAUGUUGGGCUUGUUUUCUUAUAAGGAAGUGCUUUUUAACUGCGAUGCAAAAUGGGGAAAGCGAUCCCUUGCACUUAGGCUUGUAGUUCAGCGAGAGCUUUGAAGACCCCAGCACAAAAGAAACAAGAACAUGACCCCCUCUUCUACCUUUGCAUCUUCAUCACCCGUGCCACCCGUUGUGCUCUAGAGGAGGGCGUGGUACCUGGUGGCGGCGCUGCCUUGCUCUAUUCCAUCAAUACUGCGUUAGCCGAUAGCAAUGUGCGGAAAAGUCUAGGUGUUGGUGGAGCAGAAGAUGGCAGUGAAACUAGCAGUGACGGAUCUAGUGCGACAAGUAGUUCCUCAACUCCACCAUCUGAUGACAAUUCUGCUGAUGGAGAUGAAGCGAAAACUGAAGCAUCUUCAAAAGCUGUUCUUAAGGCUCAACUUGCAAUGGUCAUUGGGGUUGGUCACUGAGAUCGAAGAGGCGACCCCUUGAGAGAACAGGGGAAAACGAAGGGAAAGGGGAGAGCUUUGAAGGGGGUCCCUUCCGUUCAGAGUCAUGAUGACCCUUGAAUGCUGAGCUUUAAUGUUCUUGCAGAUAAAUCAACUAGUAUUAUUGGUCUCGCAGAUAAAUCAGCACGUCCACAAAAUAGUAGGAGUAGCAAGGAGGUGCAAUAUUUAUCAGCGACAGAUGCGGACAGACUCUACGGCGUUGAGAUUGUGAGGAAGGCACUAAGAAAACCCUGCCAACAGCUGGUAGAAAACGCUGGUAAAGAUGGAAGUCUCGUAGCGGAGAAACUUAUUGAAGCGGGUGAUGCGAGGAGGGGGUAUUGACCUGUACAUAAUACAGCAGUAAAGUCUUUUUCUACUCCAUAUUUACAGGUUUUGUCUAGUUGUCCAGUUGUCCAGCUUUAUUUAAGAACCGACAAAGUAAAAUAGAGGCGAGCCUGUCUUCCUGUGUACUCCACGCCUCGAGCCUGUCUUCCUUUCUACUCCACGUAUUAAUCCUUUUGCCACAGCUUCCAAAGACCCUUCCAACACGAUCUACCAAAGACCCUUCUCUACAGAUACGACGCCUCCAGGGACCGCUUUGUGGAUAUGUUCGAAGCUGGCAUCAUCGAUCCUACCAAGGUAGUGCGUACAGCUCUAGUUGACGCUAGUAGCGUAGCUGGUCUUCUGACUACGACGGAAGUGGUGGUGACAGAGGUGCCGAUUGACGGACGGAAGCCGUCGCCAAUGGAUGAAAGGGGAGCGGCGCAGGGGAUGGGGAGUUGGGACUAGGCGGAUCUUCGGGAAGGAGAAAGGGGGAUUUAACUUACAAAAACGAUAUAUUUUGUGUGUUUUUGUUUCCUAGUUGGGCGUGCUCCACCGGUCUUAUAAAAACGAUAGAAUGUUGUCGUGUGAACUUUUCUAGAGAGUGAAUAAUUCGUUGUCUCUUCGUAUCAUGAAUUUUAAUUUUCCCGAUAAAGAAGAUACAUGAUACGUAGUGUAUGAUUGAUGACGGUCUCGACAAUUGCAGGAGGAACGGACCUGAAGGCGAUUCCUCUUACCUGUAAACGAAAAUUGUGAGUUUGUUUUCUAGCUGCGAGAAUAAAAUACUGCGCGAC